AUGACAGACAUUCAUAAGAAAACAAGUACACAAUUAAGUAGGACGGCUAGUAUUAAAUCUAGAUCAAAUUCUGUAAUGCCAGUUAAGGAUGUUAUUGGAAAUUGUAAAAAUCAUUUGAACCCAAAUGAUACAAAAUCAUUGAACCAUCAAAAACAUAAUUCUAACAGAUAUGCAGUUGGUGACAAAUCUAAUUGUCUGAAUAAUAGUAUGCAAACUAAAUGUGAAGAUGGUUGGUUAACAGUAAAUAGAAAGCGCCGUCCUAGUUCUUACUUGACAAUGAGAUUUUAUCAGCCUUCUUCUUCCACUAGUCUUCCCACACUAACAUUUGAUUCCAAUGAUAAGCCAUUAGAUACCCAUAAAAAUAAAAUAAUUAACUUAGAAUAUGAAUAUAAUGGGGAGUGUUAUGACACAGUUUCAGGCUUGGAAGCAAAUUUUAGUGCUAACCCAAUAAACAAAAUGCUCAUAAGGAAUCCAAAAAUUCAGUUGCUAAAAAACAGAGAUGAAAAUUGGUCAGGAAGUUCAACAAUUACAAUCAUAGGUUCUGAUAAAACUAUGAGCGCAGAAACUUUAGUAGGUGAUCAAUAUGAUCAUAAAAAUAUGUCAGAAAUAGGUGAUGGAGAACCAGCAAAAGUUGUUAAAACCCGUAAGGGUAAACAAUUACAGGAAUCAUCACAGCAUGAAUUGCUAGAAAAGCAUAAUUUUGAUUAUAUAAAUUUGUCUCAGUUGCCUAAAUUCCCCAAAGCAAGUAUUAUUGAUUCGAAACCAGAGGCAUCGAAAGUGCCAAAAUUUUCGUCUCUUUUAUCAAGCCAAAAUAAGCAUAAUAAUAAGAAGAUUGUUAGCACUGACUCUGUUAAAAGGAACCCAAAAUCAUUGAAUAAGGUAAUCAUGGAUCAACCUCUCAAGUCGCCAAAAAGAGUUACACAGAGUUUGAUCGAGAAGAAAUUAUCUAAGACGGAACAGAAGACCUCUGAAGAAACUAGAAGAACACCAGUUAAAAGAAACAGUGGUAAAAAGACUAGUUCUCUCACCAGUUUAAAUACCACAUGCAGUGAAGUAAAAGAAAGUUCCAACAAUACUAGCAUACCUACAAAAAUCAACAUUGAAAAGUCACAAAGUUGUUCACAAAUAUGCAGAAAUGUAAAAAAUUCUCAAACUCCUAUUAGCAAGAUUUCAACAAAUCAGAAGAACAUGCAACUGCAUUUUAGAGAAUCUUCAACUAGUUCAUGUUAUACUAGUCAAACCAGUUCACCUGAGAAAAAUUUUCAGUAUUCAAUUAAUAGCGAAAUUAAUUCUGGUUCAGAGCACAGUAAAGGAAACUUUGAUUAUGGUGCUGAAACUAUUUCUGGAAAUCUGAAUUACAAUGAUAUAUCAUUAACUGAUAUUGAGGUAAAUGAAGAUAUUUUGUCUGACCAAGAUCAGCGAAUGCUAUUUGAAGAAGAAGAAAGUUUACAUAGGCAGAUAAGAGAAUUACAGUACUGUGAAAUCGAUAUUGAUACAGAAACAGAUGAAACUGAAACUGACUGUGAGGCACUUACUGAAGGUGAAUGCACUGAACCUUUUGAAAUACCAGGAAUGUCUCUGGAAGUGAGAUAUGAACCUAUAUUGUCAGAAAUGUCAUGGGGUGAGAGAGUUGAUGCUCUUGCUACAUUGGAAGCUCUCGUGGCUCGCCAUCCUGGUCGAGCUAUGCAAUUGCACCAAAAGCUUUCAAGUCCUUCGAGAAGGAGGUCUUUACCUGAGACACUCAGAAAAUAUCAAGCUAAACAAGCGCGGGCGCAGCAGAAACGGCAAGCACUUCAACAAGAAAGAUCUUUGAGAAUUCAACAACUAUUAGCAAGAGUAGAAGAUGUUAAGGCGGCUCGACAUCAAUUGAUUGAGGAAAAGAGAAUUAGAAUGGAACAAAGAUUACAAAAAGCUGCAGAAAAUCGUGAUCAGCACUUGAAGGGCAUUGUCAGAAAGGCUCAUGAUGAGGAAGCAAAACUGAAAGAAAUUGCUUUCAUAAAAACUUUAGAAGCACAGAAUAAGAAACAUGAAUUUUUGGAGUUAUGCAAGGAGCAGAGUGGUAGAUUGCAAGGAAUACAACAGGAUAGACAGAAGAAAUUGGAAGAGAAAGCUGCUAAGGAAGCUGCAGUUGAAAGACGAAGGUGUGCUUUGGAAUUAGAGAGAUUAAAAAGACUGGAACAAAUGAGAGAGAGUCGAAAAGAAAGAGAAGAAAGAGUGGGCAGGAGACAAGAGCAAAAAUAUCAGGCCAGGCAACGGAUUGCUAGAGAAAAGGCACGGGAUAGAGAAGAAAGGCUGUCAGCUUUACAAGCUCAACAGGAAGCAACAGUUUUCGAACUUAAGAGGAAAAUUAACCAAAAGCAAGAAGAAACAUCUAGGAGACAUGAUCAGCAAAUUGAACAUAUAAAACAAAAAGCUGUUGAAUUAUCGAAUCCUCGUGAUUUUAUGGAUGAACCAUUAAUUCCUGAUAUCACACCUUAUGCAAACAUCAAAAUGUGUAAUAUUUGUAAAGUCAUGUUGAAGUCAGAAAUUUAUUACUAA